AUAUAUACCAAUAUGCAUAUAUAUAUGCCUUCGAGUACUUAUCUUAGCUUCUAAAGAAAAUGACUGCAAUGAAGCUAACUUGUUUAUCUACAAUUUUGGUCGUGCUUUUGUUAGCUCAAAAUGUGCAUUCUCAGCUUCAAGUAGGGUUUUACAGAAGUUCAUGCAGUUUGGCUGAACUCAUAGUCAAAGAUGAGGUCAAGAAAGCGUUCAUUAGAGAUAAGGGAGUGGCUCCUGGUCUUGUGAGACUACAUUUUCAUGACUGCUUUGUUAGAGGAUGCGAAGGAUCAGUGCUCGUGGAUUCCACUCCAUCAAACACAGCAGAGAAGGAUUCGCCGGCAAAUAACCCGAGUCUACGAGGGUUUGAAGUCAUUGAUAAUGCCAAGGCUAGACUAGAAGCCAAAUGUAAGGGUGUUGUUUCGUGCGCUGACAUAGUCGCAUUUGCAGCAAGGGAUAGCAUUGAGAUGACAGGAGGCCGCGGCUAUGAUGUUCCUGCCGGAAGAAGAGAUGGCAUCGUUUCUCUAGCUUCGGAGACAUUGACAAACUUGCCUCCCCCGACAUUCAAUGUCGACCAACUCACUCAACGCUUUGCAGAAAAGGGUUUCACGCAGGAAGAAAUGGUUACGCUUUCCGGAGCACACACCAUUGGCCGCUCUCAUUGCACUUCGUUCAGCGACAGAUUGUACAAUUUCAAUGGAACGAUGAGUCAGGAUCCAAGUUUAGAUCCCAUGUAUGCGGCUCAGUUGAAGCAGCAGUGUCCACAAGGCAGCACAGAUCCUAACUUGGUGGUUCCGAUGAACCCUGGCAGCCCUGCCAUCACUGACGUAGGCUACUACGUUGAUGUUUUUGCCAACCGGGGGCUGUUCACAUCAGACCAAACACUCCUGACGAACUUAGCAACAGCAAACCAAGUGAAUCAAAAUGCGAGGACCCCGCUUUGGAAGAGGAAAUUUGCUGCCGCAAUGUUGAAGAUGGGUCAGCUUGAUGUCUUAACUGGUGAUGCUGGUCAGAUACGUACGAAUUGCAGGGUCAUAAACAGCUAGACUAAUAAAGGGGAAGCUUCAUAGAAUAACACUUUCAUGCUAAAAUCUAGGCGCUUAUUGUGCUUUGGAUUUGUUUAACUAAUUACAAACCAAGGAAUAAUGCCUCAAGGCAGUACUCUUAUUUUGGAUGA